AGGCCUGGAUGCGCUUCCUUAGCAACGGGUUGCCCUGGACAACAGGAGGACGCUGGGCCCUAGACCGUGUUUCCUGCAAGUUCCUAGCACCUGCUAGUGGUCAGAGGCGCCAGCGAGCCAUGUCGGAGAUCCUGUGCCAGUGGCUCAACCAGGAGUUGAAGGUGUCGCGGACCGUGAGUCCCAAGUCAUUUGCAAAGGCGUUUUCUAGUGGCUAUCUCAUUGGAGAAGUUUUGUACAAGUUUGAACUUCAGGGCGAUUUUUCAGAAUUUUCAGAGAGCAGGAGUUCAACUGCCAAACUUAAUAAUUUCUCUCGAUUGGAGCCAACACUUCACCUUCUGGGUGUGCAGUUCGAUCAGAAUGUAGCCCAAAGCAUCAUCACCGAGAAGCCUGGGGCAGCAACAAAACUUCUCUAUCAAUUGUAUAUUGCUCUUCAGAAAAAGAAAAAAACUGGACUGACUGGAUUAGAAAUACAAACCAUGCAACCCCAGACAAGUGUACGGCUUCAAAACCUGAGAAGUGUGGCUUUUCGAGAGAGACUUAAAAACCUGAUCCCACGUCAAACUGAUGUCAAUCUGAUGCGGGUUUCAUGCAGGUUUCAACAAAAAUGUAAUCAAAUGAAAGAAGACCUUGACCGAGUGCAUUUUGGGAAAUUUCAAAGAUCUCAAAAACUCGAGGAAGAACAAAGACAUUUUAAUAUUGAAAAGCAACGCUUAAACAGAAGACGACAAAAUGAGAUAAUGGCCAAGAUCCAAGCAGCCAUUAUACAAAUUCCGAAACCUGAAUCAAAUUGCUCUUUGAAAGCACUUGAGGCUCAAAAAAUGAUGAAAAAGAAAAAAGAAGCAGAGGACGUGGCCAAUGAGAUCAAAAAGUUUGAAGCACUAAUCAAAAAGGAUCUCCAAGCAAAAGAAAGUUUAUCCAAGACUUCUUUAGACACAGCAGACCAGACAACUACUGAUUUGUUAAACACAUACUCAGAUGAUGAAUACAUUAAAAAAAUCCAGAAACGACUAGAAGAAGAUGCAUUUGCACGAGAACAAAGGGAAAAAAGACGGCGGAGGUUGUUAAUGGACCAGUUAAUAGCCCAUGAAGCACAGGAGGAGGCUAAUCGAGAAGAGCAACUGAUCCACCGGCUGAUGCGUCAGUCCCAGCAAGAACGGAGGAUUGCAGUGCAGCUCAUGCACAUUCGACAUGAAAAGGAAGUUUUGUGGCAAAAUAGAAUUUUCAGAGAAAAACAAUAUGAGGAAAGACGACUUAAAGAUUUCCAGGAUGCUCUUGACCGAGAAGCAGCUUUGGCAAAACAGGCCAAGAUAGAUUUUGCAGAACAAAUCUUCAAGGAGAAGGAAAUUCAUCAGAGGAUUGCUGUGGAAAGAGCUCAUGCUCGUUAUGAGAAGCAUUACGGUAUAUGUGCAGAAAUUUUGGAUCAGAUACUUGAUUUGUCCACUAAAGUAGCAGACUAUCGGUUGUUGACAAAUAAUCUUAUUCCACAUAAGUUGAUGAAUGAUUGGAAAGAACUAUUUUUUAAUGGAAGCCCUAUAUAUGAGCAGGCUUCUCUCAAGCAUGGGGUUACUGAGUCCUCUGCAGAACAACGUGUAGAACUGGAGAAAAAGGAGUUGCUCGAUAGCAAAGAUUAUGAAGAAUAUAAGAAUAUGGUUGGAGAAUGGGCCAUACCAGAAGACAUGGUGGACAGUUUACCACCCUCUAACAACUACAUACUGGGCCAUGUAGUACAAAGAUUAAUUGAAAAAUCUCUUCCUCCUCAAGAUGUCUCAACAGAAACUGAAUUACCUUCAUUUGCAGUGAAAGGAUGUUUACUGGGGAAAACACUCAGUGGAAAAACUACUACUCUAAAGUCACUACAAAAAGAGUUUCCUGUUCAGGUACUAUCUAUUGAUACCCUUGUCCAAGAAGCUAUCCAAGCAUUUCAUGACAAUGAACAAGCCAGUGAGGCCCUACCAGUUCAAAAUGAGUAUAAAGAAGAUCCUCCACUGGACCUGCCAGAAAAAAGCAAAAGACAGGACCUAACAAAUACUUCAUCAGCUCUUCUGCUUUCAGAAGAAAUAACAAUACCAGAACCAGAAGGUGCCAAUAAUAAUGAAGCUGAAGAAGUCAAACCGAGUGAUAGUUUUUUUAAACUUUCUUUGCGUGCUCAGCUCGGUGCAAAAUCAGAGCAAUUGCUUAAAAAAGGAAAGAGCAUUUCGGACAUAUUGCUGGUUAACAUCAUGGUAAAUGCUAUUAAUGAGAUACCAGCUAACAAAAGCUGGGUGCUUGAUGGAUUUCCAAUGACAUUAAACCAAGCACAGCUCCUAGAGGAAGCACUCACUGGCUACAAGAGAAAACUCACAGAAGCAGAGAAAAAGAAAUCUCAAAGGCCCACAUUGGCUUUCGACCCUACAAUGUCCAAAGAAGAGCCUCUUCCCUCUUCUGCAUUUGAUUUUGUUAUUUUACUAGAUAUUUCAGAUACUUCUUCACUGGAUCGCAUGACUAACAUCAUAGCUGAAGAAAUUAAACAUGAAAUUGCUCAUGAAGAUGUCAGUCACCAUGGGGCUACUGAAAACCAAGACAAGGAUGGGGCCCAGAACUUAAGAGACCAGAUACAGCAUAGAAUUGUGGGUUUCUUAGACAACUGGCCAAUGUUGGAGCAGUGGUUCACAGAACCACAUGAUAUUUUGACAAAAAUUAAUGCUGAAGUAGACGAAGAGCCUUUAUGCCAAAAAAUAAAGGAUUUUUUUGCCACAGAAAUAGAGAAUAAAAAGAAUAAAGUUGAAAAGAAAUUAGAAGAAAAUGAGAAAAAAGUAGCAGCUGCCUCGGCAGAGCCGCCCACCACCACUUCUCCCGCUCCUUCUGAACCACAAAAAGAGAAGGAAGUGCACCCUCAUCGAGAGCCUUCAACAAUUUCUUCAGGGAAAGGAAAGCCACAAUCAGAAAUUCAGCUUGGUAAACAAGAAUCUCAACAUGAAGGAAAAGGGAAGAAAGGUGAGACUGCAUUCAAAAGGAAAGGUUCUCCUAAAGGAAAAUCUCCAGGAGGAAAAAUACCAGUAAAGAAAUCACCUGCUGGCUCUGCAGAAACAUCACCCACUACAACAGCACCACCAUUACCUAACUCAGGAUCAGAAGAUCGGCUCUAUGUGGCUGAGCCCAUUCCUGAGGAACUGCCUUCAUUUUUAGUACCUUACUGGGAACUAAUAGAGAACUCCUACAUAAACCACAUCAAAACAGUACUUAGACAUCUGAGAGAAAACCAGCACACUGUGCUUGUUUAUUUAUAUGAGACUAGAACCAGUUUCCAGGAGUUUCUAAAGCGUCCAGAUCACAAGCAAGAUUUUGUAGCUCAAUGGCAGGCAGAUUUCAACUCUCUUCCAGAAGACCUACGGGAAGAUGAGGAAACGAAGGCCGAACUACACCAAAGAGUGAACGAUUUGCGAGACCGCCUGUGGGACAUCUGUGAAGCCAGGAGGGAAGAAGCAGAGCAGGAAAGGCUUGAUAUCAUUAACAAGAGCUGGUUGCAGGACUCUCUUGGAAUAACAAUGAAUCACUUCUUCUCCCUGAUGCAGGCAGAACUGAACCGUUUCCAAGAUACCAAACGACUCCUUCAAGAUUAUUAUAGAGCAAUGGAAUGCAAAAUCCCAGUGGAAGAAAGUAGGAAAUUUACUCGAGUCCCAUUGGUUCAGCUGGAAGGUAAAGAAAUUUCAGAAAACCAACUUAGAAUUCCUUUAGUUCCUCGAAUAUCCAUUUCUCCAGAAAAUGUCACCAUAAAACCAAAGAUAAAAGCGUUAUUGAAGGGCAAGAUUGAUUCUUCACUGGAAGGUGUGGAAUCAAACUUUGAGGCAGAUGAAAAGAUGGUAAUGGACACCUGGCAGCAGGCUUCAUUAGCAGUCUCCCACAUGAUGGCUGCUGAAAUACACCAGAGGCUCGUGGAAGAAGAAAAAGAAAAUGUUCCAACAGAUGCCAAAGAUAAGUCUCCUCAGAUGGGUGCAAACAGAAAAAUCAAGAAGGAGAAAGAGCCACCCAAGAAGAAAAAGGCAGAGAAAAAAGCAAAAGGUAAAUCACCACCUGAAGUGCAGGUCAGUCCUGUAACAGUAACAGCAGAAGAAAUGGCUGAAAUUGAAAAGAAAAAUGAAUUGAGGCUCAAAAUAAAAGAAGAACAUCUUGCUGCCCUGCAAUCAGAAGAAAUAGCCACACAGUUUCGACUUGAACUGAUAAAGACAAAAGCUUUGACUGCUCUUGAAGAUUUAGUAAUAAAGGUGAUUGAUGUCUAUAAAUUCAUGGAAAAAUGGCUUGGUGAGAGAUACUUGAAUGAAAUGGCCAGUGUAGAUAAAUUGACUGAAGUAGCUCGUUAUUACAUUGAAACAUCUACAAAAAUUCAAAAUGAGAUUUAUUUAAGCCAAGAAGACUUCUACAUUAAUGGAGACAUAAAAGUCUUCCCUGAUCCUCCCCCACCAACACAUCCUCCACCUGUAGAAAAGGAAGAAGAUGGCACCCUAACAAUUGAACAACUUGACAAUCUCCGAGAUCAGUUCUUAGAUACAGCACCUAAAGGCAUAAUGGGAAAUAAAGCAUUUACUGACAUUCUACUUGAUUUGGUGACCCUGAACCUUGGAGUAAAUAACUUUCCUACAAGUUGGAUGCACCUCACGCAACCUGAAUUGCAGGAGCUAACAUCUUUAUUAACAGUAAACUCUGAGUUUGUAGACUGGCGGAAAUUCCUGAUGGUCACAUCAAUGCCUUGGCCCAUACCUCUGGAAGAGGAGCUCCUGGAGACCCUGCAGAGGUUCAAGGCUGUGGAUGAAUUGCAGACGGGCACCAUCACUUUCAAGCAGUAUAAGCAGGCUGGUCUGUGGUUUGCAGGAGAUGACAUAAAAAUUCCAGAAAAUCCUCUUGAACCUCUGCCAUUUAACAGGCAGGAACAUCUCAUAGAGUUCUUCUUUAGGUUGUUUGCUGACUAUGAGAAGGAUCCACCCCAGCUUGACUACACACAGAUGCUCCUGUAUUUUGCAUGCCACCCGGACACUGUGGAAGGGGUUUACAGGGCCCUCAGUGUGGCUGUGGGGACUCAUAUCUUCCGACAAGCUGAAACUCCUGUGCUGACUACAGAAAAGACAUCCUUCUCCACUGUGAGUCCCACUGAGGAAUAUCCUGAACCUGAGGAAAAUGUUACAAGAGAAGAGAGAGAAUUGAAAGAAGAGAAAGAUGAGAGAGAACAAAAGGAAGAAGAAAUCUCUGAAAAUGCAAACACUGAAAAGAUUUCCAUGGAAACACUGCUCAAGGUGUUUGGAGGAGGAAAUGAAGCCCUUGAUGCGAACAGAUUUGCCAGCUACCUCAAGACAGAGAAUAUCUAUGCAGAGAACUUCAUAAAAACAUUUCAGGAUCUAGGUGCCAAGAAUCUGGAACCGAUUGAAGUUAAUAUUCUCCUGAAGCAUCCCUACAUUCAAGACCUGUUUGCAAAUUAUUCAGAUUAUAAACUUCCUGAUAUUAAGAUUAUCCUCCAAAGAAAUGAACAUGUACAUGGCAGUGAUGGAGAAAGAUCACCCUCAAGACUCACAGAGGAAAAGAAAUGA